AUGCCGUCAUUGCCGCAUCGCCCAGCGCUGGCUCCCCGUGACGGCAUAUCCAGCUUUGCGUCAAUUCAAAGUUCCGACUCUUACUACAGUAACGAAGAAAUUGCCAUCCUCCACGAUGUCGUCACGGCUGCCCAGGAUAAUCUCGAUCUCCUCCCCGAGGGUGAGAGGUUGGCGACGAACGCUCUGUUUCAGGCAUACGACGCCGUUCUCCCAAAAUAUGGUAUCGACCCCGAGGAGGACCACCACAUCUCGCGCUUGGUCUUCCGAGUCGGCGGCGAGCGCGGCGACGGUUCACUUUUGGAUAAACUUCGCAAUGUUUUGGCGAGGAUGAGUAUUGAGCUGGAGUUCGACAGUCGCAGCGAAGGUUCGAGACCGCUUUCAGACCCAGGCGAUGAACGAGACCAUGAAUUCCCGUUGCAACCGUCACCUCCUCACUCCAAUAGCGAACAUAACUUUGCUACCACGGACGAUAGCUCUUCGGAGCAUAUACAGCCACCACAGCAGGGGCGCUUCAGGCCGAUCACUGCCCCAGACGAGGCAAUCCGUAAUGGCGACUGUGCAAACCUCCAAAGGCUGAUGCCCAUACUUCCAAGGCCAAAUCACCUGGCUCCUGAUCUCUCCGAACGCUUAAAGCACUCAUCCCAAAGUCACUCGCCAUCCACAGCUGCGGGUACGGAGCCGAGUCACCAGAGCCCACGGUCAGUGACUGGCUCCAAUGAGCACCGUGGAGCUAGCGACACCACUAUUCAACCCGUUGAGACUGUUGCCCACGAUGCGGGAAAGAACGUCAGCAUCGCUGCUUCCCGUCCUGUCCGACCCAAGUCUGUUAGGACAGUCAACUGGCUUCUGCCAGAGGACGUUGGAGCCAGGCCUAUUGUUGAUGGGCACGAAACUUUACGGGCGGAGCAAAACAUCCAUUACGAGCCAUUUCAAGCGCAAAGCGAACAGCGUCCACUAAGAAAAGACCAGCCACAAUUCUCUCCUGGCCAAACCAUGUCUCAUGGCCAGUACCAUCAACACGAGCAGCCCCAGCAAUACUUGCCCCAGCAGGGCAAUCUACACCAGCAACAAUAUGCAGCCCAGAACGACAUACAUAACCUCCAACAUCAACAGUACCAACAUUACACUCUACCCCAGCAAUCCAAUGCGCCUCAAAACCCGCAGCAGCAGCAGCAACAACAACAACAACAACAACAACAACAACAACAACAACAACAACAACAAGAGCAGCAGCAGCAACCGCACCGGCGACAGCUGGUGUACGUUGACGAAACCCCCAGAAAUGAGGUCAGCGGUCGUCAGCCAGAUCUUUCGACAGUCGUCCAGCACGAGACCAGCAAGCGGCCCAGCAUUGACACAAAGGCUCUUGGGCAGGAGUCGUCUAAUAUCGAACGACAUAAAAUACUGCAACAGCAGCAGCAGGAAGUAGCGCCAGUUCCACAAAAGGAACCUUCUGGUGACAACGUCCUAUUUACUAGGCAAGCCACACCUCCCGACGAGGGGUUGGAAGAUGACCUAGCGAUGGAAGCACGAUACGCCUGGCUGGGAAAACGAGCGACUCGAGCGGCUCGUUACCUGCAGAUUCUCAGAGGAAUAUCACAUUGGGAGACCUACGCAACCGAGAAGCGUGAAAGAACCGCCGUAGCCAGACGGCAUAUUUUGCGCAUGCGCCACUUUGACCCCUGGGAGUUGGUGACAGCAGACGCCAAGCUCAAGGGGCGUCGUAUCUUUACUUCCCGCUUGCUGACUCUUUGGGUCUAUAUCACGGGCAGCGCGUUCACCAUCCUGUGCGAUCCAGGCACCAUUGUCCAAACCGUCUACGACGAAGACCCAGCUCAUCUGCAAGCCGUUGCAUUUGACGAGUGGUCUGGAAAGAUCGCAACUUGCACCAACUCCGUCAUCAGAGUGUACAAGCCAUUUGGACAGUCAGAGGACGCUUUAAAGUGGGGACUCCAGUCUUCGUUCCUUAUACCCGACCUUCGAGAUGCUAUCGACAAUACCAUUUUGAGCUGGGGCACAUCCGAAGAGCUCCUCGUAGCUCAUUCUGUCCUUUGCAUGUAUUCGACGGCCGACGAGCCAAACAGCAUAUGGACGAAAACCCUUCCGAGCCCCUCCAAGCUUGCAGAAAUAUCCUACGAUUCGGCGUACAUCGCAUCGGUUGGCUUUCACGACCGCCUCGUCAAGGUGUGGCGCCGUCUUACGUACGGCGCUGAAGAUGUGCGCUUCGACUUGGCCUACCUGCGACACCCAGAUAUUGUGACAAGUAUCCGAUGGCGAAAACCUUAUCAUAUCGAACAAACUGUCCAAAACGUGCUUUAUACUGCAUGUGUCGACAACAAGAUUCGCAUUUGGACGGGGUCCGACCCCCAUGCCCCCCAGCAACUGAAUCUGUGGGGGACCAUUGAUCUGGCUUCGGCAUUCCGGGAGCAGAGUCUCAGGACCGUGAGCCCCCCUUCAGCAUUUCUGGCCUUCAUCAUCGACGGCAGGGACGUAUCCGCUGCUACGGAGCUAGCUGUACAACGCCGCCCGAUUCAGAACGGAGAACAAGAUAACGCUCUUGAGCACCUGAUUUCCCUUGCAAACAAGAGCCCUGAACUAUGUGUCGCCUUCAACGGUGCUGGGGAAACGGCUGUCUUUGUGUUAGAAGACGUAGGGUCUAAAUCCAGCAAGUCCACGGCCGCGAACUUGUCUCGAUUCAAGCCGCAAGACCUCGAAUUUAUGUGCAGCCAGCACGUUGUGGUGCAAAGCUAUUGUGACCGGCGGACUGGGCGACUACAUAUCUUGUUUCACGACUUUGAGGGCCAAAUACAUCUUUACGAAUCUGACUUGGUGGACUUACUCAGCCCGGCCGCCGACCAAAAUUGCCUUUCUCGGCAAUGUAUGUGGUCUGGACACUCGGCUCCUAUCAAGAAGAUGGUCCGAAAUUUUAGCGGGCGAGCAGUGGUUUCCAGGACAGCGGAAGGCGAAAGCAUCGUCUGGACUCAUAAUGGCAACACCAAAUCAGGAUUAUCGCGGCAGAGUGUCAUUCCAGGUAGUGGACAUAUUCACCGUAUAUGUGUUCUCCGGAAAGGCCGCUUUGUCAUUUUUCUGGAGCAUAACACCAUAUAUCUCUGGGAUUGCCGAUUGCCAAAGGCUAUGUUGUUGGAACGUCAGUCCUAUGAGAUUGCUGGCAAGCCUCUGUGUUUGGUGAUACUGCCUAGGCAGCCGCACGAGGAGUACGCAGUAGCCCAUAUUGCAACUGUCACCUCGGAACAGCAGGGUCUCGUUUGGAAGGUCAAUCUCCCGCAGUAUUCACGCCGAGGGUCCGAAACUUGUGUCAACGGGCGCGAUGAAGGUUCGAUACAGGAGUACUGCAGGUUUCAACUUGACAAUAUCGAAGGUCUUGCCUACGUUUUGCCUGUUGACCCGGCAGGCUCUGCACCUGUUACAUCCGGCUUUCUUGACGUCUUUGCUAAGGAUAUUGCUAUUUCGUACACGCAUUCUGGGCGGGUUGAUUUCUGGACAGCCCGUGUCGACUAUACAGGGGACAGGGUUGGAUGGCUUUCAACGUGUUCAGCCGAAACGGGACUUUCGGAGCCAGCAUUGGACCUUGACUGGACAUCCACUCCAGACUCACAGUCAAUACUGGCGGUGGGCUUCCAGUCCAAGGUUGUUCUAUUAUGUCAGAUGCGUUUUGACUAUCUCAAUAAAGGACCGGCGUGGGCUGCUGUGCGAGAGAUCAGCAUUCGAGAGCUCACUCCCCAUCCCAUAGGCGAUUCGACCUGGCUUGGUGAUGGGCAUCUUGUUAUCGGUUCUGGCAACCAGAUGUUUGUUCACGGAAGAGAGUAUGAUCUUUCUGGCUCGUUGGUAAAGAGCUUACAGCUUCCCCAUAGAAAGAAUGGCGUGUGGGAUUUGUUUGAAGCUGUUCAACGAUUUAAUGGUCCACUGCCAAUCUUCCACCCACAGUUUCUGAGUCAGAGCAUUCUUGCAGGGAAGAGUACAGCGGUGCGAAAAGUGCUCAUGUCUUUGCACAAAACACUCAAGUUUCACGUCGCGGAUGAACCCAUCGACGACUACCUUGGACUCGAUCCAUCUGAGUUUUACCAGGACGAGGCAUCAGCAAUGCAUGCGUCCGGGUCGCAAAUUAGUUCUCACUUUGAUUACCAGGCAGCUGCGGAUGAAGAGGACGAAAAUUUCAAUGAAGACGUUGCUUAUGCAAUCAACGAGCGGUUGACCAAGGUCGAUAUUGAACAACUCUCUGGGCAUGAGCAGAUCCAAUUGGCAGACAUUGUCGAGUGUGCCGGGCUCGUUGAGAAACAACGUAGAUCUUUAGAUGAAAAUGGCGCUCGUUUUAUGCUCUUCUUCCGCCAACAUGCCCUACGAAAGGGGCGGACGAGCGAAAUCCAGAUGUCCUGGAGAGAGAUCAACUGGGCCUACCAUUCCACGAGCCAGGACAUUCUUGUUGACUUUGUCACGAAACAGUGUCACAGCGGCAUUCGCUGGGAAGACGCGAAAGAAAGCGGCAUGUUCAUGUGGCUCGGUGACCGCAAUGCGUUGCGAGCGCAGUUUGAAAAUGUUGCUCGAAACGAAUACACCAAAAGUGACGCGAAAAACCCGGUCGAUUGCAGUCUGUAUUACUUGGCUCUAAAGAAGAAAACGGUGCUCCAGGGUCUGUGGCGCAUGGCAUACGGAAAUCGUGAACAGGCUACGACUCAGCGCUUCCUCGCGAAUAAUUUUGAUGAUCCAGUGUGGCGAACAAAAGCCCUUAAGAACGCUUAUGCUCUGCUCAGCAAGCGUCGGUUCGAGUACGCGGCCGCAUUUUUCCUCCUGGCGGAUCAUCUGCAGGACGCCGUAAAUGUUUGUCUUAAUCAGUUGCGGGAUCUCCAGCGCGCAGUUGCCAUUGCAAGGGUUUACGAAGGAGAUCAGGGACCUGUUUUAAGAAAGCUAUUGGAAGAAGAGGUGCUUGCUCUGGCGGCCAGGGAAGGCAAUCGUUGGCUCGCCUCUUGGACUUUCUGGAUGUUAAAUCGCAAAGACAUGGCUGUAAGGGCCUUGAUUUCACCCGUUUAUACCUUGAUCGAAACACCAUGUACCCCUGACAUGCAAUCGAAGUUGUUCCUCACAGACGACCCGGCUCUAGUGGUUUUGUAUGCCCAGCUGCGACAAAAGACGCUGCAGACGCUUCGCGGGGCCUCCAAGGUCACUCCUCGCGUAGAAUGGGAGUUUGUGCUACAUAGUGCGAAGCUUUACGACCGAAUGGGCUGCGACCUACUCGGUCUAGAUCUCGUCCGUAAUUGGGAGUUCUUGAAAUCCGCCAUAAGCACAACGAACGGGUUGGGCGGCGAAAUCAAUCCGCUGAAGCUAUUGCGUCGCCGUAGUUCAUUGGUCGUUGCAGAUCUCCCAAUGUCGACUCUUCAUGUGGAGAUGAGAUCUGGCGUGAGCAGGAGCAAGGAUUCAGCGCCGACAGUCUUCCAAGAGCCGGACUCAAGCUCACUGCUUGAUAGCUUUGGUUUCUAA